CACCUACACGUUAGUUAGCGAAAUGACGAAAUCAGAGCAGAGAAAAACCAAAAUUCAAGAAACCAGAAAUAGAACGAGAAAACAGACAACACUUUCACAUCUUCGUUUCCUUUUUCCGGUAGAUUAUGUUUCUUCGUGUGAUGGUGACAGUCUUAGAGGAUGUGGUAAACCGUGAUUUACUUUCUCUUUUCCAAAACCAAAUCGAAGAUGAUGCUAACUAGUCACAUGGAUGCAUGAGAUGCCGUUUAAAUUUAUCGAAAAAAAAACUAUAAAUAUUAUCUAAGAGACUACAACAUAGUUAAAUUGAAAAAUGUUAUUAAUAACGAAUGUUUUAUAGUUGAAUUUCCAAAAGCAAAAUAAAACAAAAAUAAAAUCUUUUUUUCAAUCCCCGAAAAUGAGAGUAGUUUCAUAAAUUAAUUAUCGAACAAAGAGAGGAAAAACACCCAGCCACACAAAGAAUAGCGUAACGCCCUUUAAACAAAAUAGAGUUCUAAAUCAGCAUUCAUCCUAAAGCUCGUUUCUUCUUUUCCUAAGAAAAAUCAAACAAAUUAAUCUUAUUGAAAUUAUCACACGAGACGAAAGAGAAAAAAUCGAACAUUUCAUCACAUUUUUCGCACUCAUUCGUAGUAGGAACACUUUGUUCACUCUCAGUCGAGUCAGGCAAGUCACUCACACAAGUCAACAAAACUAGUAGCGGUAUCGUAACUCAUCGGAUGAACAACUGUAUUCACUCACAACUUGAAAGCUUUAAAUCUUCCAAACCAAAGGUCAAGUAGGAAAGUUUUCUCUUUCUGUUUCACACCACAAUCAAUCGUCAUUCAGUCGUCAGCUUUACCCCCGAGCCAUCUGUGAUCAGUUCGUAUUCGAAUAGCGCUUUUCUCCGUCUGGAAAGUUAUAGGUUCAUAGAACACAAAUCUGUUUUCUCGGAUACGAAGAACCCCCAGAAGCCAAUCCGACCGGCGGCGAUUUUGGUUUUACAAAAGCAAGCGAAUCGUAGCAAAACACACACAAACACAAACAUAAUUCCACACUGACACACUCACACACAAAAACACAGAACGCGUGCAAAGAGGACGAGAAAGAGUUUAAGACUAUUUUAUGCAUAUCAAAACAAACAUAAGUAAAUGAAAAAAUCUUUAUUAAGAGAGCGAAAGAAAACCCCGUAGAACAACACUCACAAAUACAUACACACACAAACAAACAACACACGCGCGUAAAAACUUCGGAAGCUGUGCGAAAUCCAAGGAACCCAAUGAAAUAGGAACGCGUUCGGAACAGUUAGGUAAAAAGCGAAGAAUCUUUCGAAAAAACGUAAAAUUCAUGAAACAAAACAAUUCGGCAAAGACAGUAAGCGAUUUAGCAUUAUUUACGGUCAAGUCUCAGAUAAAAACAAAAAAAAACGACUGCAAUCGAAUAUCAAUGCCCGGAAACAGAAAACAAACAAAAA